UGCAAACAGAUGUACACUUCAGUACCCAAGCACACGCGUAAUCGAAAUAGUUCUCCAACAGAGGUUUAUAAUAACAUAGUUCAAAAUAUUAAAAAAAAAAAAGAUGGGUGAAAGUAAUUUAGCCACCGAUUCAUCCUUCAACAAAGAGCUGGAACCUGGUGUAAUCAGCAAUGAAAUGUUGACGAAAGCAAUUUUGGAGCAGGGCCAUAAAGGGGAAGCCGGACGAUUAGCCCAGCUGAGUCAGCUGCACUUGGAAACAGUUACCGUGAUUAGGUUGGAGUUUCAAAGUAAGCAAAACGGUUCCCUAGCAGAGCUUCAACAGUGUUACCUACAUCUCAUCUCUCACUUGUUCGGUUUUACAGACAUCCUUAAAAUUGAUCAUCUUUGGGUUAUGAAAAAUUUGGAAGUUCUUUCGUUAUCUUUUAACAAAAUCGAUAAAAUCGAAAAUCUUUCACGACUACCCAAAUUGAAAGAAUUGAAUCUGUCGUUUAACUAUAUUGAAAAAAUCGAAAACCUGAAUAAUCUGGAACAUUUGAGAAUUUUGUCUUUGUACGGUAAUCGAAUUAAGUGCGUCGAGAACAUAGACAAACUAGAGCGUUUGGUAAUACUGAGUGUGGGACGUAAUAAUAUCACUACCCUAAACGGUUUGGAACGGUUGAGAUUCUUAAAGGAUCUACGAUCGCUCAAUCUGUCUGAAAAUCCUAUUGCUCAGGAUUCGACUAAGCCUUUACGAUUGUAUUUAGCAACCCUUCUGCCACAGCUGAAGUAUUAUGAAUAUAUUUUGAUCAGACCCGCCGAACGUGAUGCUGGAAAGGAAAAGUUUCAGCGAGAACUGAUCGACAUUUUGGAACACGAAAGGAUCGAAAUAAUAGAGCGUACGAACGCAGCCAAGGAGCGAGAUGACGAAAUACGGCUGUCGAAAAGUUUUGUGGAACAUCUAAAUAGCCAUCAAUUGUUUGAAUCGCUGUUUCUAGGUGAUCCGGAAGGCGCUGCAUUGCUAAGCAUAGGAGCAGAAGCAGUCGAUCUUAAGAAUGACUAUCGAAACGAAGCCUACUCAUUUACCCAGAAUAUAUACAAGAUGGGGUUGGAGCAACAGGACAAACGUCAAGCAGAAAUAGAGCUGUACAGCAGAUGCAUCCAGGAUGAACGAAAAAAGGCACAAUUAAUGGGACAAACGAUCAUCAAUAAUUUCCUAGUAUCAUACAAGAAUUUAUACAAAUUAGCGAAGGAUAUUGUUUCUGGAUUGAAGGGACGCGAUCUAAACAGCAAAACAUACAAUGCCGAAACGGAAAAAUUGUUGGAUGAUCUAAACUUGUGCAAAAGCGGCUUUAAUUCCCUGUUCGAAGACACUUGGCACACGCUGAUGGGUAUUGAAAUGCAACUUUUCGAAAGGACCGAGGAAGGAAAUUCUACAUUUGAAAAUACUAUUAAAGAAAUGACAAACGAAUUCAUCGAGAUGGCGCAGGGUCAAUUUGUGUUGUUACGUGAAGCAGAGAUAAAUUUCAGUGAUGCUCUUGUGGAUACUGUACAGCAGUUCGUAACGUUUAAGGCAGCUUCGGGGCAGGCAGAUCAAUUGCCAGAGGCUUUGAAGGAGUCUCUAGAUGACAAGGAUGUUAUAAGCAAUAUGGCAGCGGGCAUGCGUGACCAACACAUGCAGCAAAUCGAUGCUAGGGAAGAUAAACUAAUCACACGAAGCCGAAGCUGGGUCAAAGAACUGUGCGAUGAUUUACAAAAUUCUGAAAUUAAGCGAAACAGAGCAAAGGUGCUAGAGAUCACCUACUUUUUGGAUCAACACCGUCAGUCCUUCAUGACUGCGUUAGACGAAGUCGCAAGCAAGUUAGAAGUGUAAUGGAAUACAAAAUUAAAAUUUUAAGUUCAUUUUACUUUUGAAACCGAGUCAUGCAA